AUAUUGUAUGCUCUCAUUAACCAACCAAUUUUCGAUCCACUAAAUUAAUAAUAGUUGUAAAGAUACAAUCGCCAAAAAGGUCAUAUUUUAAUGAGAAAAGCGCUCAAAUCAGUAGACACUUUGACGACAUCAUCAUUUGCGAUUAUAUAUAUUUAAAAGGCAGUGAUAUAUUUUUUUGACUAUUUAUCGCUUAACAUGGUCAACGUAAUUGCCGCUCUUGUACUAAUGUCAAAUUGAGACUUUGUGAACUAUUAUUAUUUUUUUUUUUAUUCAUAUUUUGACGGAGCGAGAUUUCAAUCAAACGCCGGGCUUAACAUUUUGGUUGACGCAAAUUCUGCGGAUAUACGACGAUCAAGACAUUCACAGUGAUUCAUUUCAAAAUAUAUAUAUUUUUUGCACGUACAUACAAAAAAAAUACACUGAUGUGCGAAGUUCGUGGUAGAAAAUAUGAUUCAUAUACAGAUACGUGAAAUUCGACCUUGUUUUUUAUGAAUUUAAUCCACUUAAAUUUAUGACUUUCAUAUGGAUCGAAGUGAUGCGCUGACCAUUAGAAAAAAAACAACAAUUUCGAUUCACGAAGAGUGUAUGGGUGAAAAAGUCAAAAGAAAAUGGGAAUUAAAUUAACACAACAGAAAUGAUAGUGAGACCAACUGUAGCGAUACGCUAAUGUACAAACAAUUUGUUCUUCGCGAUAACAAUUUCUAUUUCUCCUCGAAUUCGCCUCCGUACAGUUUUUUUCUACUGUUUAGACAUUUCAAUCGAUUACAGUUAACAUGGCUUACUGCGAUAAGCAUUCCAGCAAUAAAAAAAAUUCUCAUCAUAGUUUCGGUAUUUUCGUGUGGUGAAGGUGUUUUUAAUUAAUCUAUCGAAAUCGAGUUUGGAAUUUUCUUGUUGUGGUUUAAACGAUUUUUUGUGAAUUUCAAGUGAAUUUCGAAUAUUGUGAACUACAGAGAUUGCCUUAGGAGUUUACCUGUGUGAUGCAUGUGACUUGUAAUUUUGCAUAUGGCUCAUUCCGAUUUUGUUAUCGAUGAAAGAGAACCGUUUGAAUUUCAUUUACCACGUGCAAAAAAAAUUGUAAACUCAAAACGAUGUCUACGUCUGGCGGUGGCGGUGGUUGUUCAAACGUAGCAAGUGAUCUAAGCAUUCGACCGAAUAUAUCGGUUACGAAUAUAAAUUGUCCGACUAUUAAUGUGAACAGUAUUGAUUUAAGCAAUGGUGCCAAUGAUUUAACAACAAAUGCUAGUUGUGUAUCAAAUAGUAGCGAUGUAAACAACAAAACAAAUAGUUUUUGUAAUAAUUUAGUGGGCGAUGCACCGUCAUCAGUGACAUCGACACAUCAUCAACAACAACAACAAUUGAAUAACAAUCCGCAUUUCUAUGGGAACGGUAGCAUUCGUAUUGCCGUGCCAAAAAUGGAAGAAUCUGAUGAAUCUGAGACUGAAUUAUCACAAAUUGAGAAUGCAGCCGCAUCGACGACAACCACAUCGACGACAGCGACGUCGGCAACGACAGCGGUAACAGCUGCAGCAGUUAGUAUGCGAACGAGCAACAAUAACAAGAGUACGCCACGGCCAAUGUCGUGGGAAGGCGAAUUGUCAGAGAAUGACGAUCAAAUGGAAACGGAUGCAAAUGCGACAAAAUCAACGACAAACAACAAUGAAAUGAUUAUGAAUAAUGCAACAAAUGGAAAUUCAGAAAAAUCGAUUAUAAAACCGCGUGCCGUUACCGCAUCAUCUGAGCUAAAUGACAAUACAGAGAAAAUGACUGAUUUGGAUGCAACCAUCAAAAUAAAACCCGAAUACAAUAGUUUUGGUGUGAAUGCAAAUCAAGCAAUUCAUGCAAUGGACUCAAACAAACGUUUUCCAUUUGAUAUGUCAAAUAUGAAAUUUGAAACAAAUUUACAAUCACAACAUAUUACAAAUCAAUUUGCGGCCACGACAACAACCACCACAACAACACCGAAUGACGUAAAUUCAACAGCAUCGAUGAUAAAUCGAACAAAAGCAAAUAAUAUAUUGCCAACAAAUCCGAGCCCCGAUUCAGCAAUUCAUUCGGUGUACACACACAGUUCACCGAGCCAAUCACCAUUAACAUCACGGCACACACCAUAUACGCCAUCAUUAAGCCGAAACAACAGCGAUGCAUCAUACAGCAGUUGUUAUUCGUAUAGUUCGGAAUUUAGUCCGACACAUUCGCCAAUACAAGGACGACACAAUAUGUAUGCCAGCGCCAAUUUCAAUGGAUCUCCAUUGCAUCAUUCAGUAUUGUAUAAGCCAUUGAUCGAUGGUAAUGAAAAUGCAAAAACAUUACAACAUCAACAGUCAAACGAAGAAAAUAUUCUUGAACCCGAAAUCAUACCAUCGGCUGGCAUCUCCAGACAACAACUCAUUAACAGUCCCUGUCCAAUUUGUGGUGAUAAAAUAAGUGGAUUUCAUUACGGGAUUUUUUCAUGCGAAUCAUGUAAAGGAUUUUUCAAGCGAACCGUUCAAAAUCGAAAGAACUAUGUUUGUUUACGUGGCGGUCCGUGUCCCAUAUCGAUUGCAACGCGAAAGAAAUGUCCGGCAUGCCGGUUUGAAAAAUGCCUUCAACGUGGCAUGAAAUUGGAAGCGAUUCGUGAGGAUCGGACACGUGGCGGUCGUUCUACAUAUCAAUGCUCGUACACUUUACCCAUGCUUAGUCCAUCGCUUGUUGAUGGCACCCUGUUGAUAUCAAACAAUCGAUCAAAAGCACCAAACCAACAAGAUAAUGCAACCGGUCUUAACACACAGAACCAACAAACUAUUCCAACAUUAUUACAAGAAAUAAUGGACGUCGAGCAUUUAUGGAAGUUUAGCGAUGCCGAAAUAAAUAAAUUGAAUCAGAAUCAAUUGUCCGGAAAUGAGCAUGGUAGAAAUGAUAGUGCAGGCACAUCAUCGGCAACAUUGGCCACAAACCCAUUAUUGGCGGGACUUGCUAACAGCGAAGACACUAGCCCGGAUUUAAUUGCAAAUCUUUGCAAUGUCGCUGAUCAUCGACUCUAUAAAAUUGUGAAAUGGUGCAAAAGUUUGCCACUUUUUAAGAAUAUAUCGAUCGACGAUCAAAUUUGUUUGUUAAUCAAUUCAUGGUGCGAACUGUUGUUAUUCUCGUGUUGCUUUCGAUCAAUUUCGUCACCCGGCGAAAUUCGCAUCUCUCAAGGCAAAUCAAUCAAUUUGGAACAAGCCAAAUCCAGUGGACUUCAGGCUUGUAUUGAACGAAUGUUGAAUUUGACGGACCAUUUGCGGCGGCUUCGUGUUGAUAAGUAUGAGUAUGUGGCAAUGAAAGUUAUCGUUCUUCUUCAAUCAGACACCUCCGAUUUAAGAGAACCGGAACAAGUGCGUGGAUGCCAAGAAAAAGCAUUGCAUGCACUGCAAACAUAUACACUAGCUCACUAUUCUGAUGCACCAUCAAAGUUUGGCGAGCUGCUAUUGCGAAUACCGGAAUUGCAACGAACUUGUCAAGUCGGUAAAGAGAUGUUAACAAUCAAAUCAAAAGAUGGUUCGGAAUUCAAUUUGUUGCUGGAAUUGCUGAGAGGUGAACAUUGACCAAGCAUUUAAUUUUGUGGAAUGAAUUUGUAAAUACGAGACACAGUCAGUGAAAUGUGACUGUUCAACGACUUUGCUACUAUUGAUUUAUCCUUUUUUUAUACGCGUAUAGAUUAUUUUUCAUACUAUACUCACAACUAAAUUGGUAUCAAGUAUUUGGUAUAUGACCAUUGAUUGAAAUGAUUUAGAUGUAGAUUGAAUUCUGAUUAAAAAUACUCACGAUGCAAAGAACGAAUGCGCCAAUUGCAAUAAUCUGAAUGGAAUCUUCCAACUUGAAUGCCUUUCUAUUUGCUUAAAGACGGUCAAUGAAUUUUCAUUAUGCGCCUCACUGCAGUUUCUACACUAAAAUACUUUCACCUUACACACUAGGUGUGUAAAAAGUAAAAAAACGCAUUUCAUCAAGAGCAUGCCAAACGAAAUUCGAAAUCAAUUUCAGAAGAAAAUAAAUCUAAUUUAGUACAGGCCUUACGAAUGAUUGCAAUAUGAGCUAUUUUGAAUCGUUAUCAUAUGUAAAAAAAAGAAACAAAUAUUUUGCUUACAUUACAUUAGAAAAUUGAAAGACGACAGAAAGUGAAUUAAAUUAGCGAAAAUCGGAUCGAAGCAGCAUCAAAUAGCAAUAAAACAAUUUGUUUUAACAUUUAAACAAGUGAUUGAUGAAGUCUUAUGAUUUUAAGCAUCAUUUUUUUUAAAUAUAAAAAUAUUUGAAUAAUAAAUAUUGACACACCCCCCACGCGAAUUGUAAAUACUGAAUUGAAUGAUUUAACAAAAAAAAUUAAUAUGAAGAAUUGAACGAAAUGAAUGGUCGGUUUUUUAUAGAUUCCGUGAUAAAAUCAUGCAAAACAAAAAAAAAAUUCAAAUUUGCUUU